CUGGACAUCGCUCCAUCCCAUCCCCCCUGAUUUUAGGACUGUCCCCUCAUUCCCUCCCCCCCCCCCUUCCCCUUUACCAACAUGCUCACCCGCCUUGUUGGUAGCCGCCCCCUCGCGUCGGCUCUCCGCGCCUCGCACGCCCUGACCCCUCGGGCAGCCGCGUUCUAUGCAUCGCGCGCCGACACCUACCCCGAGGAUGUCGAUGAAGAGGAGCACCUGACCCCGUAUGACACGUCCGAUGAGCCCUACGUCCUGGACCCGGCCAACAAGCGCCUGCCCGCCAUCGGGUACCUCGAGGCGUACGACGAGGCGCGUCGGUUCAUCUACCACCAUCGCAAGGGCCUCAACCAGAAGGCCGACUCUUUGGUCCCCCUGAUCGAGGCCGAGGAGGCCCUCGUCCAGAAGUACAAGGCCCUGGUGGCCGGUGGCAGUGCCGAGGAUGCCCGCAAGUAUGGGCCUCUGAUCAAUCAGCACUCCAAGAACAUGAAGCUCUUCCGCAACGAGCGCCAGAAGAUCCUCACCCAUCUGGAGCGCACCUGCUUCUUCCGCGAUCAGCGCAUCCGCCACUCGCUGUUCGACCUGAUCAGCAUCGACCCGUUCGAGGAGAACAACGAGGAGUUCUUCCGCAAGUAUGGCAACAAGCACCUUGUCUCCCUCGUGGAGGAUGGCCAGAUUGGCCAGCUGUUUGGCCUGCGCCCGGCCCGCCGCCAGGGGAAGUUCGCCACCUGGCAGAGCACCGUGGCCCGGAUGACCGAGAACUCCUUCCGGCAUCGCCGCGAAAACACGGCCCUUGUGGCGGCCCUGCGCGGGUCGCUCCCCGGGCCGCUGACCACCCAGCUGAUGGUCAAGUUCCAGCACAACACCCGCGUGCACUUUGCCAACAUGCUCGAUGCGAAUGAGACGGCCGAGGAGCCGCGCAUCCGGUUCAUCCCGCCGGUGGCCGGGUCGGCCCUGCUCCAGGGCCAGGCCCCGCCCAGCCACUAUACCCUGGCCAUGGUGGACCUCGACGCGCCGGAUGCCAUUCAGCGUGCCUUCCGCUCGCGCAUCCACUGGCUGGUGAAGGACAUCCCGGUGCCGGUGCUGGAUGCGGCCCCGGCGGCCCCGGCCCCGGAGAAUGUGGCCAAUGUGGCCAACGGCACCGUGGUUGUGCCGUAUCUGGCGCCGCACCCGGAGCGCGGCAGUGAGGUCCACCGCUUUGCCUUCCUGCUGUUCGGGCAGGAGGCGGCCGGUGUGGCGCCGGACGCCGACGCCCUGCAGGCCCUGUGGGACGAGGCGCCGGCCCUGCCGAGCGGCGGCCGGCUCUUCGAUUUCCCGGAGUUCCUGACCCGCGCCCCGGGCGCGGUGCAGCGCGUCCACGGUGCCUGCCUCUUCAAGAGCGAGUGGUCUCCCACGGUGACCGAGCUCUUCGAUGAGGGGCUCUUCGGGGAGGGCGCCACCGAGCAGCUGUUUGGCCGCUUCCAGGAGGGCACCCGCCCGGAUUACACCCACGACAAGUGGGCCCACGUUGCCCGGCCAGUCAAGGUCCCGGUCACCUCGGUGGGCGAGAAGGAUGCCCCUUCGAACUGAGCACGCCAGCCGUGUCGAUAUGUGCAUGCGCGUGUCUGUUGUCGCCCCCCCCCCCUCUCUCUCUCUCU